AUGGCGCCUGAACACAUCCAUUACCCUCCCAGUGAAGAGACAAAUAUUGCAUCGCGUCUCCCCGACCUGUUGAAGGACCCGGAGAAAGCGAGAACCAUCAAAGACCUAUACCUCGUUACAUGGCUGGAGAACGACCCGGAAGAUCCUCGUAAUUGGUCGCCUGUAUGGCGGUGGUAUCUAACACUGGUCUCUGCGCUUGCUGUUAUCUCGGUCGCAUUCGCUAGCGCUGUCAUAACUGGUGACUUCGGGGGCAUCGAAAAAGACUUCCAAGUCGGCGAGGUCGUGACGGCACUCAGUGUCUCACUCAUGGUUUGUGGCUUUGGUCUCGGCCCUCUAAUCAUUUCUCCUCUAUCCGAACUUUAUGGCCGUCGACCACUAUGGGUUAUACCAACAUUCCUAUACCUGAUCUUCAACAUACCAUGUGCCGUAGCCAAGAACAUCCAAACACUCCUCAUAUGUCGAUUCUUCUGCGGCAUAUUCGCUUCCGGACCGCUUACACUGGCUGGCAGUACCAUCAGUGACAUAUGGGACAACAACGAGCGUGGCUUUGCCAUUGCCCUCUUUGCGGCAGCGCCCUACGGCGGUGCGGCCUUGGGUCCCCUGGUCGGCGGCUUCAUUGGAGUCACCGUUGGCUGGCGCUGGAUUAUCUGGGUCAACAUGAUAUUCGCCGGUGUCGUUUUCCUGUUCUGUCUGACCAUUCCGGAGACAUUUGCGCCUGUUCUGCUGCAAAAGCGUGCUGCGAAGCUCCGCUCAAAGACAGGCCGUGAUGACAUCGUCACCGAGCAGGAAAUAUUCAGGACAUCCUUUGCGGAUCUUAUCACUGACACUCUCAUUCGACCAUUCGGUAUGCUUGUGACGGAGCCUAUUCUUCUGCUCAUGUCAUUGUUCAUUGCUUUGAUCUACGGUCUGUUGUACGCCUUCUUCUUCUCCUUCCCCGUCGUAUUCGGAGAAGACUACGGUUACAACGAUGGCAUAACCGGCAUCAUGUUCUGCUCUGUGUUCAUUGGCCUGGGCAUCGCAUUGUGUAUCACACCGCUACUGGAAAAGAGCUAUCUCAAGCAGGCAGAGAAGAAGGGUGGACGAGCGGACCCAGAAGACCGUCUUUUGGGUUCGAUGAUUGGUGCACCUUUCGUCCCCAUCGCCUUGUUUAUCUUCGGAUGGACAAGUCCCCCUACUGUGAUGCCUGGCGGUGGUAACUGGGUCGGACCGGCCAGUGCAGGUAUUCCGUUCGGGUUCGGAAUGGUCGUCAUCUACUUCUCUGCCAACGCUUACUUGAUUGACGCGUUCCCUAAUUACGUUGCUUCGGCUCUGGCCGCUAAAACGGUGGUGAGGUCAGGUGCAGGUGCUGCUAUGCCUCUAUUCAUGGUACAGAUGUUCCAUGGUCUUGGUAACGGCUGGGCUGCGUCAUUGUUGGGUUUCGUUUCCGUAGCUAUGAUCCCGAUACCUUUCCUCUUUUACCGAUAUGGCAGGGCCAUCCGUGCUCGCUCAAAGCGUGCUACGUUGAUAUAA